AGCUGCUUCUCCAAUAAAUAGAUGGGCCUGCCCUUUCUCUGUGUCGUCAUUUACACAACCCCGUCUCACCUCUGCCAUCAAUCCAUUCAGCAGCACACAACUUUACAAAAUGCGAUCCAUCCUUGCCCUUACCGCGCUCUGCGGUCUUGCUUCCGCUCAUUUUGAGAUUGUUUACCCCAAGCCUAUCGCCAGCGAGGAAAAGAAUGAGGGUACAGGUCCUUGUGGUGGUGUCGUUCCAGACUUGACCAAGGACCUGGUUGAUUUUCAUGUUGACGGAGAGGCCAUUGCUCUCAAGCUCACACAUCCUCAAAGCUCGUGGCUCUUCCGCGCAACAACUGACGCCACCGCCCAGAGUGGCUGGGAGGAGAUCUAUCCUAUUGUCCAGCAGAGCGGAUUGGGAGCGUACUGCAAUCCUCAGGUCAAGAUUCCUUCCAGUUGGGUCGGUAAGAAAGGCGUCGUGAGUGUUGUAUCCAAGGCCGUCGAUGGUCUAUUAUUCCAAUGCGUUGCCGCCAACUUUGUCAAGGGUUCAGAAGCUCCUCCCGAUUCAUGCAAGAAUGCCAGUUCCGUACAAAUCUCUUUCACCUCUGACUCCGAGCUUACUGGCCUUCUCGGUGGCUCCAAGACGUCUGGAAACAAUGGAACCUCCUCGACUGGAACGACACCAGCCGCAAGCACCACAGGAUCCAAAAAUGCUGCCGCUGGACUCAAAGCAUGGCCCAUGGCUGGCUCAACAACUGGUACCGUCAUUGGUAGCGCAUUCUUUGCUCUGAUUGGAGCUGUUGUCAUUUUGUAAGUGACAAAGCAGCCGCCCAGAAUUCGAGCCCUUGGGGUUUCCUACAGUCGCCCGAAUAGUCGCAGAUGUGAAAAGACAGUAUAUAUAGAUUUGACUAUUUGCAAUUAAAAAAACAACGUCAAUAUUGCACAAUUUUAUUUACAAUUGCAGCUAUGCGGGGAAAUAAGUAAAGGCGUGGACACUAUGCCACUAUCUGUUGUCUCUAGUACUAGGUUAUGGUCUUUGUUGAAGUAGAGUGUAGUUAGCUGUAGGGCCCGACAGAUAUAAUGAAUAAAAUGAAGCCUGAAGACUGUAAAAUUGAAUACUAGGUUUCCUUGAAAUCAUUAAACUGUUUUUUUUUAUUUUAAGACAUGCAGUAAUACUAAUCUGACUCCAUAGUCUUGUCCGAUACUCUGAAAAGCCAUCUCCGAAAGCCCUCCGAGCAUACUUAUUACUACUGUAAGCGAACCCU